AUGGAAUUCAAGGGAUUCACAGGAUUCAUGGAAUUCCAAAAAAAAUAUCUAACUAAAUCAAAGAGCAAUAAUUUUGAUCGAGUAACAGGUACACUCGGUGAUGCUAGAGGGUUUACGAAAACCGUAACACAAAUGUCAGUCUUAAAAAGAGAUUUAAUGCCAAAAGAUAAUUAUACCGGUAUGGACCAGAGAUUUAGUUCACCGGCCCUAGUGAUUUUUAGCAUCUCUAGACAAGCCGCAUGUUCAAUUUCGGCUGGAGAAAUAUCGG